UCCUUUAGAUGCUAGACCAUAAAUCACGUCUGGCGCACAAGCUAUUAGUCAAAUCUUGCACACAAGCUUCAAGAGUCACCACCAGGAUCAUCUAAGUGAUUUAAACUUACUAGAAAGUGCUAUGAAGUUGUUACUUAAACUCUCCAUUCUCGUAGGUUUGGCGUUGUUUGCUAUUACUGGAAAAGCGAGCGCCCUCAAGUGCUAUACAUGCAAUACAGAAGGUGGACCCGACGGGGCAAAUUGCAACAGCAACCUGGUCACGUGCUCCGAGCAAGACGCCGUGUGCAACAAGCACGUGUUUAAAUUCCAUAACACAGUGAAGAAGUACUGCUCGACACGCGAGGCGUGCGAGUCUCAGAAGAAGGAUUGUCAAACUGGCGACUCCUGCGAGAAUUACUGCUGCACGGGCGAUGGGUGCAACGCGGGCGCACAGCUCAGCCUGCACUAUUUGUUCCCAGUCCUCUUGGUGGUCGCGGUCAGGGCGAAUGGGUGGUUUCCGAAUCCACAAUGAAAGCGGCAAGAUAAAGGCUCUAAAUCAAUAGUUAUGUGUAUUUUUCUGAAAGUGUGGAAAUAAACCCUUGCUAAACGUAAUUUAUAACAGUCUCAAGAUAAUUCCUGUUGACAGUAUGUAUUCAUCAAAAUGAGGUCAGGUGUUUAACACUGAUUAUUUGUUUUGGAUUAAGGACGGCUUUCUUAAGUGCUGCUCAUAAAUCAACAUCAAAGGCACUUAGACUAAGUUCAAACGUUGUAUCAUCCAUGAGCCGUAUUCAAUGUAAAUGCAUGCACAUGAAGAUGAAACAAUCGACUUGAUUCAUUUGCAUUCAUUUGCAUUGAAUACGGCUCAUGGAUAGUACGACGUUUGAACCUAGCCUAAAUGACAGAACACAGAUUAUGUCGAUAGCUCUGUGCUGUUAUCGUAUGCAAGAAUCAAGGAUAAUUCUAAUCUAUGUACUAUCUAUCUCUAAUGUACAAUAAAAAUUCGUUUAAAAUA